UUUUUUUUUUUUUUUUUUUUGUUAUUUGAUAAAGCAAACAAAAAUAUUAAGAAGUGCAUUUUUUCGACAUUUUCUUUCAUAAAAAGUAGUUAUAUCCAGAAACCACAGUAAAAUUCGAAAAACAGUAAACAUUUCCCUUCAUAAACUUUUUUUUUAUAUAUAAAUAACCUUUUACACUACAUAAAAUGAGUACCUGGCAACCUUCACCCCAAGGUCUUUCGGAUUUGUUGCAACUCUUACGUGAAGCUAUCAAUCCUACUGCAGACGGCCACAAUGUUCAAGAAAGACUCGAAUAUUUUAACAAAAUCCCUGACUACAAUAACUAUUUAGUUUAUAUUUUAACUCAAAUGCCUCAAGAAGAUCAAUACAUUCGUUCUGUUGCAGGAUUAACUCUCAAGAAUAACAUUAGAUCUCACUUCCCUACUAUCGCCCCCGAAGUCAUUGAAUAUGUUAAGGAAUGCUGUCUCCUCCAUAUUGGCGAUAGUAAAGUCGGUAAGCCUGUCAGUUUAGUUAUCGCUGCUAUCGUUGCCCGUGGUAAUAUUCAAAACUGGCCUCAAGUUCUUCAAGUUUUAUUAGCAAAAUUGGAUGACCCUAAUCCUGUUUUGGUCGAGAACGCGUUUGGUACAUUUGCAAAGAUUUGUGAAGAUUCCGCUCGCGAUCUCGAUAGUGUCAUUAACGGUGUUCAGCCCUUAGAAUAUAUGAUUCCAAAGUUUAUCGCAUUCUUUGAUCAUCCUAACCCCAAGAUCCGUUUGAAUGCAAUUAGCUGUACUGCACAAUUUAUCAACCUUCGCUCAGAACCUUUGAUGACUAGAAUUACCGAUUUUUUGGUUGCCCUUUUCAAGAGAGCCACUGAUGAUGAUGUUGAAGUUCGUAAGGCUGUUUGUCAAGCUCUUGUGGGUCUUUUAGAAGUGUGCCCUACUGUUCUUUUACCUCACAUGCCCGAUUUAGUCGAUUAUAUGCUUUUCUGUACUCAAAAUGAUGAUAGUGAACUUGCUCUUGAAGCCUGUGAAUUUUGGCUUGUGUUUGCAGAGCAAGACGAACUUCGCGAUAACCUUCGUCCUUUCCUUCAAAAGGUCGUGCCUGUUUUACUUAAGGGUAUGGUCUAUUCCGAUGUUGAUCUUAUGACUCUUGGUGGCGAUGAGGACGAUGCCCAUAUUGCUGAUGAUGAGCAAGAUAUUAAGCCCCGUUUCCACAAGGCAAGUGUUGUUGAAAACGAACUUAUCAACAAGGAAGAGGAAACUGCCGAAAAGAAGAAGAGUUUGCUUGACGAUGAUGAUUCCGAUGUUGACGAUGAUGAGGAUGAUGAAGAUUAUGAGGACUUUGAAGACGACGAAUUUUAUGGUGAAUGGAAUUUGAGAAAGUGUAGUGCUGCUACUCUUGAUGUGUUAUGUACCUCUUUCGAAACUGAAGUGAUUCACAUCUUAAUUCCUCUCCUUAAGAACGAAUUGGAAAGUGGUGACUGGCUUCACAGAGAGUGUGGUAUUUUGGCUCUUGGUGCUGCUGCUGAAGGUGGUAUGCAAGAAAUUGCUCCUCAUCUUCCUGAGCUUGUGCCUUACUUGCUCAACAACUUGAAUGAUCCCAAACCUCUCGUUAGAUCUAUUACAUGUUGGACUCUUGGUAGAUAUUGUGGUUGGAUUGUUCAAACCGCUAGACAAAGCCCCGAAGCUCGUCAACACCUUCUUGAGCCCCUCACUCAGAUUUUGUUGCAACGUAUUUUAGAUAACAAUAAGCGUGUUCAAGAAGCUGCUUGUUCGUCCUUUGCUUUGCUCGAGGAAGAAGCCGCUGCUGAUUUAAUCCCUUAUCUUCAACCUAUUCUUAGUACUCUUUGUACUGCCUUCACGAAAUACCAACACAGAAACUUAUUGCUCCUCUACGAUACCGUUGGUACUUUAGCCGAUGUGGUUGGUGAGACUUUGAAUAACCCUCAAUAUAUUGAUGUCAUCAUGCCUCCUCUUAUCAGCAAAUGGCAAGAAAUCUCAGAUGACAGUACUGACUUGUUCCCCUUGUUAGAGUGUCUUUCAUCUGUUACCACUGCUCUUGGUAAGGGAUUCAAGCCUUUUGCCGAACCUGUUUACACUCGAUGCGUUAUCCUUGUGUGCAAGACAUUAGAAGAAUGUCGUUUGUGUGCUAUGAACCCUUCUUUGGAACAGCCUGAUAAGGACUUUAUGAUUGUUGCUUUAGAUUUACUUUCCGGUAUCGUCCAGGCUCUUAACACCGACGCCGAACCUUUGGUUGCCAGCACUAAUCCUCCUGUUGUUCAACUUUUAUCUCUUUGUAUUCAAGAUGAAGUCGCUGAGGUGCGUCAAUCCACAUAUGCUUUAUUAGGUGAUCUUGCUAUCUCUUGCUUUGAACAUAUUCGUGCCGUAGUUCCUCAAUUCAUGCCUCUCCUUCUUCAACAAAUCGAACCUCAAGCCGAACACUUGUCUGUAUGUAACAAUGCUACGUGGGCUGCUGGUGAAAUUGCGCUUAAAUGGGGUGCUGAAAUCAGAGAUUAUGUCGAUCCCUUAUUGCAACGCUUGUUCCCUCUUAUGGUCAAUCCCCAAAUCCAACGUACGCUUUUGGAAAAUGUCGCAAUUACCAUUGGUCGCAUCGGUCUUGUCUGUCCUGCCUUAGUUGCUCCUCACCUUGAGUUAUUUAUCCAGCCUUGGUUGACUGCCCUUACUCCUAUUCGUGAUAAUGAUGAAAAAUCCUCCGCAUUCAGUGGUUUGUGUGAGAUGAUUAAGGCAAACCCCCAAGGUGCCGUCAAAGAAUUCCCCGCUUUUUGCACUGCUGUCGCCAAUUAUCAAAACGUCUCUCCCGCUUUACAUGAAGCUUUCGGCAAUAUUUUAUUGGGAUAUAAAAACAUGUUUGGCGAAGCUCAAUGGCAACAAGGUUUGACAUCAAUGCCACAAGAAGUAAGAGCUCCCUUACAAGAACGUUAUGGCAUCUAAAUCAUACACCUUAUAUAUAUAUAUACUCACAUGUAUAUAUAUAAAUAUAAAAAGAGUAAAAAUUUAAAAUCUUGAAGUGUGUCGUUUAUUUAUCAAUUCUGGAAAAUAAAAAGAAU